AUGGAUGGGAGAGGUGUUCAGAAUGAAGAGGAGACUGAGACAAGAUUGUGUCACAUUCUAAAGCGACAAAAGACUGUCCACUAUGACAGUUCAUCCACCCAACGGCACGAUCAUUAUACCAUCGCCUGGAUCUGCGCGCUGCACAUAGAGAUGGCAGCAGCUCGAGCCAUGUUGGACGAGACCCACGAAGCCCUACCCAGGCAUGCAGAGGACAGCAACACCUACGUACUUGGGAGAAUCAAGCAGCACAACAUCGUCAUUGCGUGCUUGCCAGUAACUCAAUAUGGAACGAACAACGCGGCGAACGUCAUGACAAAUAUGAAGCGAACCUUCCCCGCUAUCCGCGCGGGCUUGCUGGUCGGGAUUGGUGGUGGCGUGCCGAACAAGGCUGAUGUGCGCUUAGGUGACGUUGUCGUUGGAACAAGGGUGAUGCAGUAUGACCUUGGGAAAGCCGUAGGAGACGGAGAGCUCCAACCAACAGCGAUCCCUAAGGUUCCUCACCAUUCGCUUGGGACAGCUGUGUCCGCCCUCCGUUCAUUACAUGAGCUGAACCCCAGUCGAGUCCCAUCUAUCCUACGGCUGAAGCUGGAAGGACACCCUGAAUACUGUCGCCCGAGCUCCCCGGAUCGACUUUUCCACGCGACGUAUGAGCAUGAGUCUACAACGGCCAGCUGUGAGGGCUGCGACCAGUCGAAGCUGGUUCUGCGAAGCAGACGGACGUCAGACAAUAUAAUGAUUCAUUACGGCGCGAUCGCCUCAGGGAACCGAGUCAUGAGAAGUGGCACUACCCGGGACAACGUUGCUCGAAAAUUGGAUGUCAUGUGUUUCGAAAUGGAGGCUGCUGGUCUAAUGGACAUUCUCGCUUGUCUCCCGAUUCGGGGAAUAUGCGACUACUCGGAUUCCCACAAGAGCAAGGAAUGGCAAAGGUAUGCUGCAGCAACCGCGGCGGCAUACGCUAGGGAAUUACUCGAGGAGCUACCCGUUGCCAAAGUGCAUGUAAACUUUACCUGGAUGCCCAAUCCUCAUCAACUUUCAUUGCACGAACGCCGGCAGCGCUUGCUGAAUUCCCUCAGGUUCGAGCAAAUGGAUUCUCGGAAAUCAACUAUCGGGGCCGCCCUCGCCAGAACAUGUCGAUGGUUUCUCAGUCACCCUGACUACCAAGCAUGGCUUGAUCCGCAAAACCUAACGCGACAUCAUGGCUUUUUGUGGAUCAGUGGCAAGCCUGGCGCGGGCAAGUCAACAAUCAUGAAGUUCGCAUACUCGAGUAUGAAGAGCAAAUCCCGCAACAAGCAUGCUAUAACUGCUUCCUUUUUCUUCAACGCUCGAGGGCAAUAUCUGGAGAAGUCUAUCUUAGGGCUGUACAGAUCAUUGCUUCUUCAGCUGCUUGAAGGGUACCCCGAUCUUCAGGCAGUCCUAGAUGCUCCUGACAUUAAUUCCCAAGGUCAGAAUGGAUGCCCUUCCUUGGACGUGCUUAAGGACCUCUUUCGUAGCGCAGUUUCAGCCCUUGGUCAACGCUCGUUUAUGUGCUUCGUCGAUGCUCUCGAUGAGUGUGAUGAGCAACAAGUUGUGGACAUGGUCCAAUACUUUGAAGAGCUGGCAGAACAAUCCACGAAUAACGGCGUCCUGCUCCGGAUCUGUUUCUCCAGUCGACAUUAUCCCUAUAUAGUUAUUCACCGGGGAAUCCGACUUACACUGGAGGAUCAGUCAGGUCAUGGCGAAGACCUGGCAACCUACGUCGCAAACCGCCUUCAAAUCGAAGACCCUGUACUUCUCGAAGACCUGCAGACCCAACUGCUCAGAAAAGCUGCCGGUGUUUUCAUGUGGGUCGUCCUAGUCGUUGAUAUCCUGAACAAGGAAUAUCGACAUAAUGGGCUGGCUUUGAGAAGGAGACUCGCGGAAAUACCAAGUGAUUUGAGCGAACUGUUCAAGGAUAUCCUGAGACGUGACAAUGAGAACAUGGAGGGUCUCCUGCUUUGCAUCCUUUGGAUUCUCUUUGCAAAACGGCCUUUGCAACCGAAUGAGUUCUACCAUGCUCUCUGGUCUGGUUUGUCUCUGGAGGAUCUGGCCGAUGCUCAAAUCCCGGAUGUUAGCGUCCCAGAUGCGUCUGACAGCCUUGACAGAUUUAAGAGAUGUGUUAUCGGCUCGUCAAAAGGUCUUGCUGAAAUCACGAAAUCUAAGCAGCCAACAGUUCAAUUCAUCCAUGAAUCCGUCCGAGACUUCCUCCUCAAAGAAAAGGGUUUGCAUGAAUUGUGGCCUGACCUCGGAUUUGAUUGGGAGAGCUCAAGCCAUGAGAAACUCAAACAAUGCUGUGACUCCUACAUGAAUCAUACCAUAGUGCGUGCGUGUGUUAGUAACGUGUUGUCAGAGGCCAACGCUGACUUGCAAACGGGGAUCUCAAAAAGGUACCCGUUUUUGGAGUAUGCCAGUCAGCAUGUUCUCUAUCACGCCAACGCUGCAGCGGAAGCAGUUCCUCAAGAUGAGUUUUUGUCCCAUUUUCCUGUGUCGGACUGGAUCAGUGUCAAUAAUAUUUUCGAGAAGUUUAAAGUCCGUGAAUACAGCCAGGAUGCAAGCCUUUUCUAUAUUCUGGCAGACAAAGGAUUCCCGGAGCUCAUCCGCACAAGGCUCAAGGAGGAUCCGCACAUUCAUGUUCCUGGAGAGAGAUACAGGUAUCCGCUAUUUGCCGCCUUGGCCAACGGUAACAAAGACGUCGUUGCUGCUCUUCUGAACUCACCUUCAAGUGUGCAUAAUGGAGUCGAUAUUACAGAGGGUCUGAACCGCAGGAAAGACUUGAAGCAGUACGCAUAUCGCACACCACUAUCCUGGGCUGCGCAGGAAGGUCGAACAAGCAUUGUCAAGCUGCUUCUCCAGACAGAGAUGACCGGAGCAGAUGUCAAUGUCCGUGAUAAUGAUGGAUGGACUCCACUCUUACAUGCUUCACAAAAGGGCCAUGAGGAGGUAGUAAGGCUGCUUAUUGACAAGGGAGCAGAUAUCAAUGUCCGCGAUAAUAACGGAUGGACUCCACUAUCACGCGCCUUGCUGGGUGGCCAUGAGGAGGUAGCAAAGCUGCUUAUUGCUAUAGGUGCAGAUGUUAAUGCAAAUAACAAUAACGGAUUGACUGGGAUGCUCUCCUUAAUAGUUGAAUGA